AUGUCAUUCUGUUGUGGAGUAGAAUCGGUAGUUAUAUUAGGCUUCGGUCGGUGGGCCUGGAAACGUUGCACAUACAUUGGUGCUAAUGACAGUGCCAACUGGACAUUAGCAACCCCAGAAGAGUUUGAACCAGUCCCUCGUAUUUGUCGUUUAAUCCUUGCUGUCUACGAACCUGACCUUCACAACCCUCAUUACAUUCCUCAACAUGGUUACCGCUUAAACCCUGAUUGGGUUUUCAAGCGUGUAACUUAUGAGCAAACACAAGGGCGUGCCCCUCCUUAUAUAAUUUACAUAGAUCAUGAUCAUCAAGAGAUUGUUUUGGCGGUUCGAGGAUUGAAUUUGUACAAAGAGAGUGAUUAUAAAACGUUGUUGGAUAAUAGGUUAGGAAUGCAGAUGUUUGAUGGAGGUUUUGUGCAUCAUGGGUUGUUGAAAUCUGCUGUUUGGUUGUUGAAUGAAGAAGGGGAGACAUUGAAGAGGUUGUGGGAGGAGAAUGGAAAAAAUUAUGAUAUGGUUUUUGCUGGACAUUCUUUAGGGUCUGGUGUAGCGUCUUUGUUAACUAUUAUUGUGGUUAAUCACAGAGAUAAGUUAGGUGGGGUUCCUAGAGAGAAGAUUAGGUGUUAUGCCAUGGCUCCAGCGAGGUGUAUGUCACUGAAUUUGGCUGUCAAGUAUGCUGAUGUUAUUCAGUCUAUAAUUUUGCAGGAUGAUUUCUUGCCAAGAACUGCUACUCCAUUGGAAGAUAUCUUUAAAUCAAUUUUCUGCUUGCCCUGCUUGUUGUUUGUGGUUUGCUUGAGAGAUACCUUCAUUCCAGAAGGUAGAAAGCUUAGAGAUCCAAGAAGACUCUAUGCUCCUGGACGAAUGUAUCAUAUUGUAGAGAGAAGAUUUUGCAGAUGUGGGAGGUUUCCUCCGGAAGUCAGAACUGCUAUUCCCGUAGAUGGAAGAUUUGAACACAUUGUCUUGUCAUGUAAUGCCACAUCUGAUCAUGGAAUUAUUUGGAUAGAAAGGGAAUCAGAGAAAGCCUUGGAGAAAAUGAAGGAAAUCAGUUCUGAAACCAUCACAACUCCUCCGAAAGUACAGAAAUUUGAAAGGAUGCAGACAAUUGAACAAGAACACAGGGAUGCAUUGGAAAGAGCAGUGAGUUUAAAUAUUCCUCAUGCGGUGGCCACCCCUAAUGCAGAACCCAGCAAGGAUAAUGGGACGGCAUGUUCCCAGUCGGAGGGUGAACAAGCCUCAAAAACCAAGUCUACCUCCAGUGGCGGAACGACUAACUGGGAUGAAGUGGUUAAAAAACUUUUCAAGAAGGGCGAGUCAGGACACCUUGUUAUAAACAAAGAUCUAACUGCCCCAAAUAGCAACAUUUCUGUUCAAUUUUCGUGA